GUUUUGAAAGGUCCAGCCUUGGAAGUCGUCCCCGAACCGGUGCAGCCGCAUUCUGCAGCCGACAUCAGAGGGUUGGAAAUUCCGCUUGAUCUGCAGUUCAAAGCCGCUGCCUCCCUGAGGAUGAAAUGCUUCAUCUUGAGUUUGCAAAUGCAGACUCGCCGCAGAAGCAGUGUAGCUGUGAAAUACAAAUCCGCCACAGUGCCCAAAUCCCCCUGAAAAGCAAGGAAACACGCUCGUGAUCGCUGAAGGUCACUGCUGCAAGUCGUGAUUUAAAAACAAAAACCCACCCCCAGCCUUGAGGGACGAGCAGAAACCAGGGCUACUUUCUGCAGAAAGCAUUUCAUUUCCCUUUGCAGUAAAUAUGCACUUGAAAAUGCUUAAAACCAGGGUGUGCGCUCCUGUCACGGAUUUAUCUGGACACAGGCCUUGCAAGGCAAAACUUAUCUGGUUCCUGAAAUCUGGGGGUCUGCUGGAUGUUCCAGCUCUGUGUGGCAGUGUCAUGUUCGAGAGCAUGGGAGGAAUGAGUGGAUGCAGUAUUGUAAAAUCAGGGAUGGGGCAAGUACUGCUGCAUGGGGGAAAAGCACGGAGAGGACUAUUUUGGUCUUUGCGACUCCUCUGCGCUGGCUGUGCUGCGCUUCUGGCUGAAGAACAGCAACUGUUAAGCUAAUUCAGCUGUUUUACAAGAGAGGUGGACUGCUGAGUAUAAAGUUCUUGCUUUUUAAUAGUGUUUUGAACCUGGAGUUGGCAGGGGAAACUCGAUUUGCAAUGCUGCUGGACUGCCACAAGUCAGUGCUGCCGCAGGGCGCGAGGUGUUGAAGUAACGUGUCUGCUUUCCGUGGGUGGUGGGACAGAGGCUGGCUUCUGAGUAGCAGCUCUGAAAGCAGCUUUCUCCAGGGCCACCUGGAUUUUGGAAAGCUACAGUGCAAAUCUACCCUUCUGGCUGUGCUGAAGAUGAGCUCUCCUCUGCGCUUUGAUCUACAGGGUGUCUUUCACACUGUCCCGAUUGAGGUCUUUUAAAUCAUUUUCCCUGCAACUGCAGUAAGCUGCUGCUGUGGCAUGUGGAGCUCUCAAACAUUAAGAUCUGGCUUCGGGAAAGAAUCCUUGGUAACGAAGAACAAAGGGAAAGAAAUGCCGAGAGAAGUCAGCUGUCUGAGCGGCGUUGUUUCGCAGGACAUGCUUUCCAUAAGGUAUGAGUGCCGAGGCUCGCCCUGAGCACUGAGCAGCCGGAGCUGCCUGCCCGGAGCCAGGCCAGGAUGCCGAUCCCUCCGCCCCCUCCGCCCCCACCCGGCCCCCCACCGCCUCCUACCUUCAGUCAGGCGAACACAGAGCCGCCAAAACUGAGCCGAGAGGAGCAGCGAGGGCGUGGGGCCCUCCUGCAGGACAUCUGUAAAGGGACCAAGCUAAAGAAAGUGACACAAAUCAAUGACCGGAGCGCACCAAUUCUGGAGAAACCGAAGGGUAGUGGAGGCAGCAGCUACAGUUCUGGCUCAGCUGCGAUCCAGCCAAAAGGAGGCCUUUUCCAAGGUGGUGUCCCCAAGCUCAGACCUGUAGGAGCAAAGGACACCUCAGACAGCUCCAGUAAGCAAACUCUGCAAGUCCCCGGCUCCAGAGCUGCUGCCCCCAGGCCCCCGGUGCCCGCCAGCAACAGCCGACCUCAAGAUGAUUCUGACAACAGCCGGGCCUCUCCCCCGGAGCUGCCGCGCAUGCAGAGGCCCUCCCUGCCGGACCUCUCCCGGCCCAACAGUGCCGGCAGCACCGGCAUGAAACACAGCUCAUCUGCCCCACCGCCUCCCCCGCCGGGCCGCCGGGCCGCUGCGCCUCCCGCCCCUCCUCCUGCGCACAGCACCAAGGUGUCUUCCUACAACCGGGAGAAGCCCCUGCCGCCAACCCCAGGACAGCGACUGCCCGUGAGCAGGGAUGGACCUCCUGCCCCGCCACCCGUCAAGCCCCCUCCCUCCCCAGUCAGCAUCCGGACGGGGUCGGGGGCUCAGAGCCAGUCUCUCGCCCCGCCGCCGCCCCCCUAUCGGCAGCCCCCGGGGGUCCCCAAUGGACCUUCCAGCCCCAUCAAUGAGUCCGCCCCGGAGCUGCCGCAGAGACACAACUCGUUGCAUAGGAAGACGCCGGGCCCGUUGCGGGGUCUUGCGCCACCACCACCUGCUUCAGCUUCCCCGUCUCUCCAGAGUAGUCGUCCCCCUCCACCGGCCAGAGACCCCCCCAGCAGAGGAGCGGCUCCUCCGCCCCCACCACCGAUGCUGCGUAACGGCGGGCGAGACGCCCCACCGCCUCCACCCCCCUACAGACUGCACGGGUCUGCGGAGCCCCCGAGCCGAGGGAAGCCGCCGCCGCCGCCCACAAGGACGCCGGCGGGGCCGCCUCCACCGCCGCCGCCAGUAAGGAACGGCCACCGGGACUCCAUCUCCACUGUCAGAGCUUUCCUGGAUGACUUUGAAUCCAAAUAUUCCUUUCACCCUGUCGAAGACUUUCCAGCCCCAGAAGAGUAUAAAUACUUCCAGAGGAUCUACCCCAGCAAAACAAACAGAGCUACACGUGGGGCCCCCCCUCUGCCUCCCAUCCCCAGGUGAGAGUGAGCCAUGCAGGCAGUUUGUUCCUGAGCAGAGAUACGGACCUACUUCCCCUUCCUCAGAUGGAUCCUCCCCACCUCCCUGCCCCCUGAGAACCUGCAUGAGAAACUCCCAGCAUCUUUGGUUUUCCCAGCUGUGCAAGGAAGAGCAGAUAACCCCAGCUCAGCUGUCUCUGCCAGCCCACCUUCAUCUAUGCAUCUCACCCUGGACUCGGUGACCUUGCUGGCAAGCCCGGAUGGGUCCUUUCCUCCGCUCACUCAUCGCCGAUCCUGGGACGUGUCGGGACGGUGCUUCUAGCUGCGGUCUGGGUGUUUGGGCACAAGAACUGGGGCAGAUGCUGAACCACGCCGAGACCGGCUGAUGGCAUUGGAACCAGAACUGGCUUGGUGCCCCCUUUUCAUCUGGGCUAGGGCAGGCUGAGGGUGUUGCGUGGGCUUGGAAGGGAGCUGGGGUAGGUCAGAUUUGCGGAGGGGUACAGGAAAAGGGGCGUCUCUGAGCGCGCUCCGUCUGGGACGCUCGUGGGCAGAAAUGCUACGUGUUGAUCCGUUAAGCUAAGUGAAACGAGGAGGAGCAAGCAGAAUGUUUUGUUACCCAAACACAGCAAAUUGCUUUUUUGCACAGAAGCCAGUGAAGGAGCUUGUGACGAUCGGGACCAUCCAGAAACAGCCUGACGGUGCUGGGCCGCACAGCCCACGCCACAGGGAGACCAGAGAGGCUGCUCUGGGCAGGGACUGAUCCACAGCCGUAAGCAGGGACUGGGAGCCGGGGGCUGCGAGGCAGCUCGGCAGGGAACUCGCAGCCUUCCCCGCCGCUCUGCCUCCGCGCUCCCACAUGGGGGACGUUCCCCGCGGCUGCACGACCUCCCUUCGCCGUGCCUUGUCCUCGCACGGGAGCGGUCCAGCGGGGCUUCACCGCCUCGCGUGGCGCAGCCAGCUCGGCGGGACGCCAGCCGCUGCCGGCGUGUUUUUAACCCGGUGGAGGAGGGAGCCGUCCACGCCGGGAGCCCUGUGCGCGGCCCGUGCUGAGGCUGGGCGCCACAGAGCGCCGAGGUAGCCCUGCUUUUGAUGCUGAAUUACCGAACGGAGCAUUUUAACAGAAAGACACUACUCAUCAUCCGUGGAAGAAGCAGAGAGAUGCAGGGUUUUUUGUUUCUGUUAUUUUUUCUUUUUAAUGUGAGGGUGG